AUGAAUUGCUUAGAAAUAAAUACACUAAAGGAUUGGUUUGAAUAGGUAGUCAACAAUUAGAGACCUGUCGUAGUCAGUUUUUUUGCUGAUUGGUGUGCCCCAUGCCGCAAACUCAAUCCAUAAUUAAUUUAAGAGGCUGAGAAGAAUACCGAAAAAUGGUAGUUGGUUUUAGUUAACGUGAACAAUGAUGAGCUUUAUGACGUGGUGCAUUAAUGCGUGAAGGCUUAAGUUCCCUCAGUUUGUUUAUUUAACAUGGGAACUCAAACAGACUUAAUGACAGGGUAUAGUGAGCGUAAGAUUAAGUCUUUUUUCGAAAAGAUUAGAAGCUGA